AUGUCUGCAGAAGCAGAAAUCACCCGGGAAAAUGCUCUCGCAGCAACGCGCGUCCCUGCGGAUGAGAUCGAUGCGACCUUUCGGUCAUCUACUAUCGGCAAGUACAAACUUCCUGUUACACACAUUUCGGAUUCGGACCUGAUAUCGUCAGCUCUAGGCGGCAAGGUGCUCUCCUUCUCGGAUGAGUGGUUCGCGGAAGCCUCAAACCUCCUCACGCCUACCCCGCCUAUCAGACAGCCGGGUAAGAUGGUUUACUCCGGUGCCUGGUAUGAUGGCUGGGAGACUCGUCGCCAUAACCCUGCACCCUUUGACUACGUUGUCAUCCGUCUAGGCGUGGCUUCAGGUGUCAUUGGCGGUAUCGAGGUUGAUACGGCAUUUUUCUCUGGCAAUCACGCUCCAGCCAUCUCAGUGGAAGGUGUUUUUAGCUCGAGUGACGAGGAGGUUGUUAGUUGGAAGGGGGAGAAAGGCAAUUGGGAGACUAUUCUUGAUGUUCAAGAAUGUGGCCCUUCUCAGCGCUUUGGCUGGAAGUUUGAAGAGCCAAAGAGACAAGCAUAUACUCAUGUUCGAUUGAACAUGUACCCUGACGGUGGUAUUGCAAGGUUCAGACUUUAUGGCAUUGCCAUCCCAGUCUUUCCAGCAGACACAGAGGCCGUCUUCGACCUUGCUGCUGCUCAGAAUGGAGGAGUUGCUGUUUCUUGCAGUGAUGAGCAUUUCGGUGUAAUCUCCAACCUGAUUCUUCCAGGACGGGGAAAGGAUAUGGGUGAUGGAUGGGAGACUUCAAGAUCUCGGAGCCAAGGUCAUGUGGAUUGGGCGAUCAUAAAGCUCGGAGCUAAGGGGACGAUCCAGAAGUUGAUUGUCGACACUGCGUUCUUCAGGGGCAACUUUCCUCAGAAGGCGAAAGUGGAAGCCAUAGAAUGGCCUGAAGCGGGACACCCAGGACCUGACGCUGAAGGAUGGACGGAUAUUGUCGAGCCAAGCAAAUGCAGUGCGGACAAAGAGCACGAGCAUGAAUCGCUGGUCAAGGAUAAGCCUUUCAACUACAUCAAGCUGAUCAUGAUUCCCGAUGGAGGAGUGAAGAGGAUUCGGGUGUUAGGGAAGAGAUUCGUCGGCCCAUAG